AUGUCGACCGACUAUGAGAAGAGGUUGAGCCUCGACGACAUGGCCCUGAAAACUGGUGACCAUAUUGAGUGCGUCGACAAGACCGCCGCCGUCGAGGCCACCGUCGCCGCCGAUGUCGAUAACAUCCCUAUCAGUAUGUACGUGUGGAUGGUAGCUUUGUCUGCCUCGAUUGCGGGGAUGCUCUUCGGCUAUGAUACUGGUAUCAUUUCAGCUGUCCUGGUUUAUAUCAAAGAUGCCCUGGGCGGGCGACACCUCACAAACUCCGAAAAAGAACUUAUCACUUCGCUCUGCUCAGGAGGAGCGUUCUUUGGUUCCAUCUUUGCCGGAAAUACCGCCGAUAGGUGGGGUCGUAAAACCGCAAUGUACCUAGGAUGCGUACUUUUCGUGAUCGGCGCUGUCUUGCAGGGAGCUGCAUACACCAUCGCACAGAUGGCCGUUGGCCGGGUCAUUGUUGGCUUCGGAGUUGGAUCAGCCGCCAUGAUUGUCCCACUUUAUGUGGCCGAAAUCGCUCCAUCCAAAGCUCGUGGACGGCUGAUUGGUUUGAACAAUGUGUCGAUUACUGGAGGCCAGGUCAUUGCUUAUGCCAUUGGUGCCGCCUUUGCCAGCGUUCCUCAUGGUUGGCGGGUUAUGGUUAGUCUUGGUGGUCUGCCGCCCAUUAUCCUGGCAUGUCUGCUGCCGUUCUGUCCUGAGUCACCUCGCCAUCUUGUUUACAAGGGUCGCAUGGAGGAGGCGCGCGGAGUCCUGCGCAAGCUGUACCGUGGCGCUACUGAUGUCCAAAUCGAGUCCCUGCUCGCUUCUAUCCAGGCCGGCUGCGAGGAAGCCCGCGCAAUCAGCGGAGAUGAGGGUGGCUGGGCCAAAAUUGUACGGCUGCACACCGUUCCUAGCAACUUUCGGGCUCUGCUUUGUGCAUGUGGCCUGAUGGUGCUCUCCCAAAUUUCUGGUUUCAACACACUGAUGUAUUACUCCUCCACAAUAUUUUCCCUGGUGGGAUUCACCAGCCCAACAGCAGUUGGUCUAGUGGUAGCUGGAACAAACCUUAUCAUGACUUUCGUCAAUAUGGUGCUGGUAGAUCGCCUUGGUCGCCGGCGUCUGCUGCUAUCCACUGUCUGGGGAAUGAGCGCAGGUCUUAUAGCUGUCUCGGUGGCUUUCAGCUUCAUUGAUGUUGAUGUCAAUGCGACGGACAUAGCCCCCCAAGCUGUGACUACACCGGCGAUUGUGGUGCUCGUUUUCAUCAUCUGGUUUGUCGUCUUUUACGGCGUAUCAGUAGGCAAUACCGCCUGGAUGUCCGCCGACUUCUUCCCCUUGGAAGUACGAGCAAUGGGUACCAUGUGGAUGACUUGUUCGUCAUGGGCAAGCAAUGUCAUCGUCUCCAGCACUUUCCUGUCCAUGACCCACGCCAUGACAAUGGCAGGAACUUUUGGGUUCUAUGCCGGUAUCUGCGGAGUCAGCUAUAUCCUCAUCUACUUCUUCUACCCAGAAGUCUCCGGGCUGGUGCUCGAGGAGAUCAAGGAAGUUUUCGAACAUGGCUUCGGCGUGAGAUACGCGAGGAACCUCCGAAAAGAGCGGAAACAAGUCAUCGAAGAAAGACUGAGGGCGAAGAAGGCGUCAAAAUCUGCUCACUGA